AAAUAUUUCACCGCCCACUUUAAACAUUUUCUCGUCAUAAAAGGAGGCUUGUGUUUGUGACAUUUCUCAUCGCAAUUGAAGUUAAACACUUUUAAACCGUUUUAAACAUGAAUAAUCAAUAUAAUUAUCAAGCCGAUGAUCGGAUUCGUCAGCAACAGGCUAAAGUUCAGGAGGUUGUUGGUAUAAUGAAAGACAAUGUGAAUCUCGUAUUGGAAAGGGAAACUCGUUUAGCAGAAAUCGACACUCGGGCUGAUGAAUUACAAGUUCAAUCCAAACAGUUUCAGGCAGUUGCUGGUCGUGUACGAAGAAAAUACUUUUGGCAAAAUAUGAAGGAAAUCCUAAUGCUCAAUAAAAUCGUCGACACUCCUUUUGGGAACCAAGGUGGAUUCUCUCACAGCGGAGAGAUCUUAGUCUACUGGAAUUAAUUUUAAUCAUACUUUCUUUUCAACCGAACAGAUUCAGUACUGAAUAAAAUGUUCCCCUUUUUGUUAAAAAAAAACAUUUACAUAUACUUCAUUAGAAUGCUGCAACUCAAUUAAUUCUGUUUCUAAUUCGUAUUACCUUACAAGUAAUAAUUAGUGUAUCAUAAUGACUUAAACAAUACAACAAAUACGGUUAACAGAGCAAUUGCUUGCGCACAAUUAAAAUCACUUUGAAUACACUGGGCUCACCAAAAAUCUUUCCAAUGAUGUGGUUUAUUAUUGGAGGAUUAACUGUUAUAAUUCUUGUGGUUAUUAUUGUUUGGUCCGUAUCUAACAAGCAUAGUUGAAGUAAUAAACCCCAAAUCUGUUCACGAAUUGAAUCUGGAACAUACGAGCUUUGAUUAUGAUUGCUUUAUUUAUUAAAAAAAAUAACUUAUGAUCUCAGAAA